UCCGUGGGUCGACACUGUUGGGGAUUGGGCUAGAGUCGGGGGCCGGCCGGCAUUUGUUCGACUGUACAACAUGGAUAAUAUCACGGAUGUGUCAACUGAGCCUCUCGGAGAGUCACACUACGUCAAACCACUACGCAUGCAUUACAAACAGAAUGGCGUCGCAAAAUCGUGGGACCUGAUGAAGGUUCAUGAUGCUGUAGCUGUUCUGAUUCAUAAUACCAGCAGAAAUGUGCUGGUCUUUGUUCGCCAAUUUCGACCAGCGGUGUACCUGGGCAGCCUGGCGUCUUCGGCCUGCACCGACCCGUCCCAGGUGGAGCUGGGCCGGCCGGCAGACGCCGCCGGCCAGCCCGGCUCCCGCGGCGUCACUCUGGAGCUCUGUGCCGGCUGUGUCGACAAGCGCAAGACGCUGCUGGAGAUCGCCCGCGAGGAGGUGCUCGAGGAGUGCGGCUACGACGUGCCGCUGGACCGGUUCGAGCGCAUCAAGUCGUUUGUGGGGUCGGUGGGCCUGACCGGGUCGAGGAUGUCGUUGUAUUUCGCCGCCGUGGCGGAUGAGCAGCGCACGGCGACAGGUGGCGGCAACCCUGAGGAGGGCGAGGUGAUCGAGGUGGUGGAGAUGACCAUAGACCAGGUCCGUCAGUACGUCAGCCAGGACGACGUGCUCUCGCCACCCGGCUUCCUCUUCUGCAUCUACUGGUUCUUCAUGCACAAGCUGAAGCAGUCGCUGUAGUGGAUGGGUUGUGGGGAACCGAUCCAGGCUGGCUUACUUCAGGUGUUCUACGACCAGCCUCACGUGUUUUGCGCCGCACAUGAGGAUGACACACUGUGUUCAAGAGGUCACCGUCAGCACAGGAAUGUAGUUUUUCAAUAUAGCUAUUUUUAGGGGAGAAGAGCACGAAAACUGGCUAAACCUGCCCUCUAGAGCUCACCUAACAACGGGUUUCCACCCAGCUUUGAUCCACUUCCUUCCCAAAGUUGUGGAGGGGAGGGGCCUGGAGCCCACUUGCAGCUGCCAAGACGGCUACACCCCUGUGUCAGUGGCGCACAGCCCUGCUGCAGUGAUCUGCUCCGUGGUGCAUUCUCAAUACUCAGUAUUUUUUUUCCCCAUUUUGUUCAAUACAAGGGAAAUAGCCAUGACGUGCAUUGGCCGUUGACCUUGCCAUGGUAUGUGCGUGAUAUAUUUUUGGAAUGGGAGCUUAACGCCAUGCAAUCGCAAGGUACAAUAUUGAUUAUGUGAAUGUACUAACACUUGGUUAUUGGUACUUGUUUUACUUGCUGGGUGAUAUGUUUUGGAACAGCUGCGGCAGGGUUGUUUUAGUCGGAUCUCGGGGCGCCCAGCUACGUUUAGUAGCUGUGGUGGGUCGCCUAGGAGCCAGUACAGACUGCUGGCAAAAUGUCUGCUCCAACAUUGACAGCGGAAACCAGCAUUAUAUAUGCGUAUCGAUGUGACUGGGUGCCUGACAAAUACAUCGAUAUGCUUGGUGAAUCUGGGUCCACACGAGUAAUGGAAAGCAUAAUCAUGAUUCUGAUGUAUCACUGGAAACGUUCUGUGACUGUUGAGUGCGCUUCACGUGGGUUCAUGUUAUGUGCCCGCGUGUGCGUCCUCUCGCACGUUGUGUGUGUGCCUGAACCACCCUCAAAGGUACUUGCCUUAUCCGUUCACGCGGAUGACGGACUGAUAUGUCACCAGGGCGACUACCUGUGGUGGCCUCGGACACCAAUGGAACGAUGCCGUGAUUAAAUGUUGCCAUGGAAGUGCGCUGACAAUGCGUCCAUGGCACGUGCAAAAUGAGGUGGGCUUUUCUCGGCUCCGACCAGGAUACAGGAUGACCGAUCUGGCGAGGUUGGCUGAUUCUCCGACGUCGACAGUGGAAUGGUUUUGGUUCAGGCCAUGACUGGUUGCGGGUGUGAUGAACGUAUG